CAAACAUACCUAUAUCGGGCCGAUAUCGGCUAUAUGAUGGAAUAUCUGUGUCGGCUACCAUAUAUCGGACCGAUGUCUAUCCGAUAUUGACAUAAUUCACUGAUAUAGGUCCGACAUUGGUCCGAUUUAUAUUCGUUUGACGUGAUUUAAGUUUUAUCAUGGUAACGUUUUUAAGCAUACAGGACCAUGAAACCGGGAAAAAAUUUCCGAAUUUUAACGCGUUUAACCAUUGAACGGAUAUUUAUCGUAAUUUGCACAAUGGUAAAUAGUUACCUACGCACCGUACAUUCGGGCACGCUUACAUUUGGCGGAAAACUCAACAAGGGACAAAAGUUCGAAUAUUUACAAUCGCUGGCACGAGAUAUCCGCAUUUUUACCCUAUUAGAAAAAAUGUCUCGACAACAGACACAAAUAUUGGACACUGUUCAUCAGGUAUUUGGUGUUGUGUCAAAGUUGGAAAGUCAAGAUGGUGGUGGACCAACUGAAUUGCCUGAUGAUAUUCAUUUACCAGUUACAAGCAUUGAAGAACUGGAGUUGGUUGAGACAGGUUUACAAGAACCUGGUUGUUUCAAUGGCUUGGUCACAUACCUGACACCGCAAGGAGGUAUCACAAGAAGCGAUAUGUCAAAAAGAGUCAUGAAACACUGCAUGUCAAAUCAGUUGGCACUUCAGUUCAACUGGUUUGGCAAGAAAGGGAAGAGAGCGUUUGGGAAACUGAAGCUGGCCAAGGCAGUGCAAAAAGCAGUCAUGAAAUGUAAAAAAUGUACAGCAGCUGAUUGUAGAGAAUGGUUUCGAAGUGCAUGUGACAGAGACGGGGGCCAUAAAAGAAGACAAAAAACCAAUGAAGGUGUCCAAGAAACACCCACUGAAUAGAACUUUUUAAUAUAUUUAUAGCGAUAUUGAAAGAAAAAAGAUGGCUCUUUUAAAUUGGAAGUAAUGUAAAGGACUUGUAUCAUUCUAGCCUAAUAGUUCAAGAACAUAUAGCCUAAGAAGAAUAAAUCAUACCUAAAUAGUGAUAUAGUUAAACUAAACAUUAUUGAGAUAUAUUUAAGAAACAAUAUCAGUUUCUGUGUUGUUCAUCGGCUAUUUAAAAUCAGUUUAAGCUUGUGUGUCAGGCAGGAUUAUAUAUAUUGUGUUUACAUCGUUGCUGGAUUAAUGAUUCUUCAGCCCCUGACCAUAUAUUCCGUUUAAAAGUGACGCCAUUCUGGCACUUGUAUGAACAAGCUGCAUUCUUGGAAUGACGUUUUUAUGGUGCUUACGAGUUCGCGUCAAUUUGUCUUAUAAAACUUAUAUCAAUCUGUUGGGUCGGUGAAUGUGAGAUGUUACUUUAGCAUCAUAUGAAAAGAAGAAAAAAAAGUGAACUGAAAACAUCAGAAAAAGUGCGUUAUUAUUUUUGCCGUAAAAAGAAUUUGAAAACUAUUUUAUUGAGGGAGAACAAAAAACAGCGGCAUAUUUG